AAGCUCCACCGGUCCAAUAAAACACCUAAAUGUGCCAAACCCUAACAACAAUCCCAUCAUCAACACGAGAAUCCUUGGCCUUCCGGAAAGAAAAUUCUCUCAAUGGCAUUAAGAAUCCAUUUCUUUUCCCCACAUGCCCUCCAUCGCUGUCAAAAUUCGCAAUUCCAUCCAAUCCCCGCCGACAUUUCUUUCCCAAACAGAUCCAGAACCCAAAUCCCGUGCAUGAAUAAGGGCAUCAGUGAUGCAGAUCUUGCAUUGGAAUUGUCUGCGGAGGUGGAAAAGAUGAACACCCAUUUGGCUCAGAGAGAGGAGGCGAUGAAGAAGAGCAGAGAGCUUCUGUUCUCUGAGUUGGUCCAGUAUCUGGACCUGAAAGAAGAGGAAGUGAAGAAGAGAUGGAAGAGAAUGGACGAAGAAGAGAAGUGGGUAUUGGUGAAUGGUUUUGUCUCUGAGUGGGGUGUUAAUUUUUAUCCCCUAUCUAGAAAGCAUGUGAAGGAGAUGGUGGAAGAACAGCUGAAUGAAGAGAAGCAGUCUCCAGAUUCUUCUUCUCCUGUAUUGUUUUCUGGUUUGAAGAAAAUAAUGGGAUUUUCAUAAAACAAUUGACUUGCAUUGGAUGAUGAUUUAUUUCUUGAUAAUAUAUAUAUCAUUCAUUGUGUUCAA